AUGAGCAAGCACUUCGCUGGACGGAAGGAUGCAGAGCGCACCACAGGGCUGGCGUACCUGCUCUCACCGUCACGCGUCCGAUCCCCGGGCGAGUUGCGGUUCCGUCGGCACGGCUACUUGCGCUGCGGUUUCGUGAUCGGCAUGGUGCUCUACUUUGUGUACUGCAAUCCGGAGUACAGUUACACCUACACAGCACUGCGGCAGCGCUGCGGAUGGGGCACGAAGGAGUCGAUGUUCCCGCAAUAUCUCAAGUUGCAGCCUUCGCGGAUCCCUUCGUCAUCAACGGCGAGCGAGCAGCAGCCCCCGCCUCAAAGUCCAUCGUCAUUGCAAUCAAGCGCAGUCGGCACUGAAGAGAACGUAUGA